UAAUUUCUCUUUUCAAAACGAUGAUCCAGUCCCCCACACGUGAUCCUCACGUGCUCAAACACCCACCUCUUUACCAUCGCAAUAGCCGCCGUCUGCCGAUCAUCAUUUGAACUUCACUCGACCCACUAAAAUCAACACACACUCAAACAAAACCCAUUUCUUUAUUUCCUUUUCAACUUUAUACAACGCUUCAUUGAUCCAACCAUCGCCUCCUUCUUCUUCACUCUCUCUGUUUCAUUAUUUUCAACAGAACUCAACCAAUGUAUCUCUCUGUUCCUCACUACCCAUCUCUGAAAUUUUCCACCUUUCAAUCCCACAAGACGAGUUUUCGAGUGUUUUCUGUGGCUACCAAUGAGACCGCCAAUUAUUUGCCGCAGGCUCCGAUUUUGAUUCCUGAUGGACCAUGGAAACAGAUUGAUGGAGGAGUUAGUGCUGCAAAGGGGUUCAAAGCCGCAGGGCUUUAUGGAGGAUUAAGAGCAAAGGGAGAGAAACCUGACCUUGCACUUGUUACUUGUGAUGUUGAAGCCAUUUCUGCUGGAGCAUUUACAAAGAAUGUAGUUGCUGCAGCACCUGUGUUAUAUUGUAAAAAGGCGUUGGACUUUUCGGAAACGGCACGUGCAGUGUUAAUCAAUGCUGGUCAAGCAAAUGCCGCUACGGGGGAGGUUGGUUAUCAAGAUAUGAUAGAAUGUGUGGACAAUCUUUCUAAGAUUCUUCAAAUAAGGCCGGAGGAAGUAUUAGUUCAAUCUACCGGGGUGAUUGGUCAUAGAAUAAAAAAGGAUGCACUCUUGAAUUCUCUUCCAAAACUAGUUGGAUCCCUUUCAUCUUCAGUUGAAAGUGCAGCUUCUGCGGCAGUAGCGAUAACGACAACUGACCUUGUUAGUAAAAGCGUGGCUAUUGAGUCACAAGUUGGGGGCUCAACUAUAAGAAUUGGAGGAAUGGCGAAAGGUUCUGGAAUGAUUCACCCGGACAUGGCUACUAUGCUCGGUGUUGUAACAACAGAUGCUGUGGUUGCUACUGAUGUUUGGAGAAAGAUGGUGCAAAUAUCUGUUGAUCGAAGCUUCAAUCAGAUCACAGUGGAUGGGGAUACAAGUACCAACGAUACCGUCAUUGCUUUGUCGAGUGGCUUGUCGGGAUCCAGUUCAACUAUGAUUUCGUCCUUGAAAAGUCGAGAAGCAGGACAACUCCAAGACUGCCUUGAUGUGGUGAUGCAAGGGCUUGCCAAGUCAAUAGCCUGGGAUGGAGAAGGUGCUACCUGUCUAAUUGAGAUUACAGUGACUGGUGCAAAUUCAGAAGCCGAUGCAGCAAAAAUUGCUCGUUCGGUGGCAGGCUCAUCACUUGUAAAGUCAGCUGUAUAUGGCCGAGAUCCAAAUUGGGGAAGGAUAGCAGCGGCUGCUGGGUAUGCAGGGGUACCUUUUGAGCAGACGAAACUCAAAGUGUCCCUAGGAAACAUUCUCCUUAUGGAUGGAGGAGAACCCCAAUCUUUUGACAGGGCUGCUGCUAGUAACUACCUUAGAAGAGCUGGAGAAACCCAUGAUACCGUCAGAAUUUACAUUUCUAUAGGUAAUGGGCAAGGAGAAGGACGAGCAUGGGGUUGUGACUUGAGCUAUGACUAUGUCAAAAUAAAUGCAGAGUACACUACAUAAAUUGUCGUCAAGCCAGCUAGCUAUGACAGAAUAAUUGUAUCUCUCGGUCCUUUGGGGGAAGAAGUAUAUCAAUCGAAAUCAUUUAGUUGAGUUCAAUUGAUAUCUCAUUAAACUUUAUCUUCUUUAGGACAAGAUCUAAAUUAUAAUUGAGUUUAUUCCAAUUUCAAAGCUU